UUGUAUUUGACAGUGACGGCAACCAACACAACCUAGAAACCGCCAAGUUAUUUUCAUCUUCGUGGUUUUAGUUGAUGUGGUAAUUUAUAAGUCUAAAUAUUACGAUUCUUAUUUGAUGUGAUAAAUCUUAUUGAAAUAUUGCCGUGGAAGAAUGAAUCCUUGUUCAGUCGCCGCUCCACAACUAGACACUGAAGGGGAUGGAAGGUGGAAUAGCAUUCAUAACAGAUUUUUGUCUGAUGCUAAAGGGAAGGAUGCUGAUGUGAUUUUCAUUGGUGACUCCAUCCUGCAAGCAUUAGAGCACACUGAAGUAUGGAAUCAAUGGUUUGCACCCCUGCAUUGUCUGAACUUCAGUAUCCACAAGGAUCAGACUCAAAAUGUCUUGUGGCGUAUCAAGAAUGGAGAACUUGAUCAUGUUGAUCCUAAAGUCAUAGUUGUGCAUGUUGGAACAAAUAAUGUUGAAAAUACUCCGGAGCAAGUGUGUGAAGGUAUCCUAGAAAUAAUUAGAACAAUCAGGGAGAAACACCCAAGUGCUUACAUAGUAUUGCCUAGUCUACUUCCCCGUGGUCAACAUCCAAAUACUUUAAGAGAGAAAAAUGCAAAGAUCAACCAACUGUUACGUGAAAAGGUUACCACCAUGAAUAAAGUGGAGAUGGUUGCCAUUGACAAGGGUUUUGUACAAACCGAUGGCACCAUCAGUCACCAUGAUAUGCAUGACUACCUCACCCCAACCAAUGCAGCUUGUAGGAAAGCCUUCGAACCUAUUUAUGAUCUUCUUCAACAAAUUUUGUUUGAAGGGGAGCCUGAAAAAGACUUAACACCAUCUGAAUAACGGAUUAUUCAAUGGGUACUAUAUGGCAGCUUUUUUUGCAGCAAGUUUAUUGUGAUGGAAUCAGUAGUACUUAUCAUUAGCUUUUUUAUAUUAAGCUUAAGUGUCAAACAUCUUAAACUAUUGUUUACUUAUAAACCUUUACAUUCCAAAUUAGCAUUAUGAUAUUGUAAUCGGCUGUGUUUAUUUAUCACUUCAUUUGAAAUAUUUUUAAUUUAUGGUUGCUUAUGUUUACAAGCUUAGUUUAGCUUUAAGGUUAUGCAUUUGAUGUGUGCAGUUUUAUUUGUGCACAACAGGGUUAGUACUUACCUUCUAGUAUUUAUUUUUGUCAAAUCCAAGAAAUGAUUUAAUGUAACAUUAAAAGCAAUAGAGAAAGUAUUAUGUUACUAUUGUUAUCUUUUAGAAACUCUUUUUUGGAGAUAUUUAGCAAAGCAGUCUUGUUAGUUUAAUUUUAGAUGCUUAAAUUAUUAUCCUUUUAAGUACUCACACAAGCAAGUACAUUAGUCUUAUAUUAUCUAUUUAUAUAAAUAUUUGCACAUCACAGUAAUGGAAUUAUCUACAACCAAAGAUCUUUCAAGAUUACCUAACCAAAGUUAUUACAGUAUGUUGGAUUGCAUUUGAUGAUUAUACUAUGCAACUCUAUUUUUGAUAACAACCUACAUUUUAAAAUUAAAUUUUAAGAUCAAUGUAAGUAGGUAAUACAAUUGUUUAGACUUAUUUCUUCUCAUUUGUUGCAAAUGUAUAGCUAGUGUUGCACAAAAUGUGCAUUAUUCACAGUAAUAAUUAUUCUCUAGUAUCACAGUAGGCGUAUUUAGUGACUAUUAACUGAUAAGGUACUCAUGUUGCCAAACAAGUUUGCUUGAAUCUCGAAUUGUUAUGAAAUAUUUAUUUGCAUGAAGAAGCUUGAAAGUAAACAGUGCAAUUAUUUCUAUAUAAUUAAA